UCUGCCAUGCGAAGGCCGGGCCUUGGCGCUCCGUGCCGGCGGGACCCUGCAGCUGCUCCCUUCGAGCCCGACGGCGAGGCAGGCGGCGGUCGGCGGCUUCCGGCUCCGCAUUCUCCCAAUCCCGGCGGCUACACAAUCACAAGAUGGUGCUUGACUCUCCGGCCUAUCAUCCCCCAUUGCAUCCGGGGGUUUUCCAUGCAGACCCACAGCCUGGGAGAGGUGGGAGGAAGAAAGAGAGCCCUCCAUGUGUCAAGGGGCAGCCGGGCCCUUUCCUGUCCUCUUCUUCGUCUCCAGAGUCGGAUUCUUCGGGGCCUGGAAGGAGGACCAAGCAGCCAAAACUACUCCGGGGCUUGGGAGGGCCCCCCGCGCUGCACCCCUGCCUCGCCUUGCAGGGCCCUUGCAGCUGGAUGCACCGGAGUGACAGCAGCUGCCUGGUGAACCAGAAGACCUGGGCGCGGGGUCAGAUCCGCAGCGCUGCCUCCCUCCCUCACCUGCCCAGGGCCAGAGCAGAGGAGGGGGCAUGCCGAGCCGGGAAGAGAAGCCCCUGUUUACUGGUGGCCCUACGGCCAGCCAACCUGGAGGCGGAGCGAGAGCGAUUCUUCCGGUCUUCGUUUGCCUACAACCCUCAGUUUGAAUAUGGGGAGUCUGUCCCUGAAGCCGUGCUGGAAAAAUACCGAGAAGCCUCUGGGCAGUUCCUGGUGCAGGCUACUGGAAUAAUCAAUGCUGUCCUUCAAAAAUAUGGUACUUAUGAGAGCUUUCAGGCCUCCAAUGGUGGAAAGCUACUUACCAAAUGCCAAAUCUGGUCCAUCACCAGGAAGUAUAUGCAGAAGGAAGGCUGCUCUGGAGAGGUGGUGGUUCAGCUCACAGAAGACCUCCUUUCCCAGGCGGUCAUGAUGGUGGAAAAUAGCCGCCCAACUUUAGCGAUCAACCUCUCUGGAGCGCGUCAGAACUGGCUGGAGGGCAUGCUGCGCCAUGAGAUAGGCACGCACUACAUCCGUGGAGUCAACAAUGCCUCUCAGCCAUGGAACAGCUCCGAAGGCCGCAAGCAAUACAGCCUGAAGCCUGCCAACCCCACGGAGGAAGGGCUGGCCAGCCUGCACAGCGUCCUCUUCCGCAAGCAGCCUUUUCUCUGGAGCCGCCUCCUCUACUACACCGUCUGCCAGGCUGGGCGCAUGUCCUUCUGCGAACUCUUCCAGGACUUGGGGCACUACGUGCAGGAUGCUGGGGUGCGGUGGGAGUACUGCGUGCGAGCUAAGCGAGGCCAGGCCGACACCUCAUUGCCAGGCUGCUUCAGCAAAGAUCAGGUGUACCUGGAAGGAAUCCUCCAGAUCCUUCGGCAUCGACAAAGGAUUGAUUUCCGGUUGCUGGCUGCUCUGGGGAAGGUCUCUUAUGAAGAUGUGGACCACCUGAAGAAAUACGGGGUGCUGGAGAAGGCCCGAAUCCCCCACUUCAUGCAGGACCUUGAACGGUAUAUGCAGCAGCUCAACCACAUAGUUGCCACCAAUUGUCUCAGUGAUGAGGAGCUGGAGCUGCUGAUGCCGGAGUGAACUGGCUGCUGGCCCCUCUGCACUACUGCGGGACAGGCUGUGCUCUCAUGAAGAUGCCUGAAGUCCCAAAGGAGAAUUUUGUUGGACUUUAGCCUGCUGAAAACAAACGAAUGGUUCACGUGUUC